UGUAUAUAACUUAUGAAUACGAGAAUUGGCCAAGCUGACACCUGCCACGCACACACCGGGUUUUCUCUGCUGCCCGAGGGUCUCCCCACCCAGACUUUGCAAUCGCUUUGCCUCUCCCGGUUUACAUCCUUGAGGCAGAGCGGCUGACACUCGGAGCCUUGGCCGCUCGAUCGUUGCUUCGCGUCUUCCCCACUCGGUUCUGAAGGUUAUUUAGACCUUGCAAGAUGGCUAUCUAUUCCUUGUUGCCAACCCACCGCCAGCCAGAACGUAUGCGAUCGUGGUGUAGCUCUUUUCAGACGACCCACCUCACAGGCAGACACUACGCCCGCUGGAUUGCUGGUGGGGUCACCUUCAUAGGAGUCCUCUGGUUCAUCGUGCUACCCUCUCUCUUCGGACGUGGCAAGUAUAUGGGACCUCCGUUCCAUGACUUGGGUCCACCCCCGCCUCCGCCUGCCCAGCAUCAUCCUGUCCUUCCUGAAUCCCCUCCUGAAGUCGAAAUUGAUUACCCUCCCCCGCAUCCCCCACAAAGCGCCCCCAAUUCCGCAAGGUCAGACGCUGUCAGAGACGCUUUUCUCCACGCAUACAACGGUUACACGCGGUAUGCUUGGGGGUUCGACGAACUGCGACCAAAAUCUGGUGGAAAAGCUAACACCUUCAACGGAUGGUCCAUCACAUUGUUAGACGCAUUGGACUCCUUAUGGAUCAUGGAUCUUCACGAUCAGUUCUACGAGGCCAUUCCUGCGGUGGCUAAUAUAACCUUCCUCACUGAGGAUAAAUUUGCUCCAUUUUUCGAGACUGUCAUACGUGCGUUAGGAGGAUUGCUCUCUGCCUAUGCACUUUCCGGAGAGCCCAUCCUUCUUACUCGCGCCGAUGACCUCGGAAAAGCCCUUUUACCUGUCUUCAACACCAAUUCUGGCUUGCCAAUGUAUGCCGUCAAUACGGCUACUGGUGCAACGAGGCCCGGCUGGAACGUCGACGCAUUCUUUGCUGAAAUGGCAAGUUGUCAGUUAGAGUACAAGUACCUUGCCCAUCUCACUGGUCGGACGGACUACUUCACUCGAGUGGAUCAUGUCAUCGACAUCAUGUACAAGCUGUCGCCGACUACCGAUCUCUAUCCAACGCAAUGGUCCAUCAAGCAGGGUAAGCCUGCUAAUAACGUACUCUCCGUUGGUGCUGCCGCCGACAGUGGAUACGAGUACCUUCUGAAGCAGUACCUCCUUACGGCCCGUUCAGAACCAAGAGUCAGAGAAAUGUACCUCAAAUCUGUUCGAGCGAUAAUCGAAAACUUGUUCUUCCUCUCUCCAAAUAGGAAGCUUCUCUAUGUCACGGACAUGAACAGAGGAACCGUAUCCCGCACCUUCGAACACCUUUCUUGCUUCCUUCCUGGAUUGUUGGUACUUGGUACCAAAAUGAUCGACAUGCCCCCAAGUGACCGCGAGUUGCACGAGUGGGCUGCACAGGGGUUGGCAUACACGUGUUACGUAUCGUACGCGGACCAACCAUCCGGCUUAGGGCCAGAUGAGAUGGUGAUGGACCCCUGGACUAUCAAUGACGGGUCCUCCGGACAAUGGAUCAGCCAUGUGAAGGCUUGGAUAGAGGAAGGGAAACCUGGCGGAGUCCCGCCCGGCCUUCAUGAACCUGCCCCAGCCAAGGAUGGAAGCGCUCAAGAUUAUCGUAUCAAGAAAACUGAUUACCUUCUGCGACCUGAGGUCGUCGAAAGUUUGUAUUUGAUGUGGCGAACAACGGGUGAUGAGCGGUGGAGGGAACGUGGUUGGGAGAUCUUCCAGUCUAUCGAAAAGCAUGCCUGGACCGUGUAUGGGUAUGCGAGUCUCCGUGGAGUAGAUCGCGAAACCCCGGCGAAGCUUGACGAAAUGCCAAGUUACUUCCUUGCUGAGACACUGAAAUACCUUUAUCUUCUUUUCGUGGAAGAAGAUAUCAUUCCCCUCGAUCGAUGGGUGUUCAACACGGAAGCGCACCCUCUCCCAGUUUUCGAGUGGUCGCAGUGGGAGAAAGUGCAGUACAAGAUACCCUUGUAGAACUCUCUUCUGUACUUGGAUUCAUUUUCAUUCGUGGUUGUUAUAUGGAGAUUUUACCCGGGUCAUCAAAAUCACGCUCUUUCUUGCUUACUCAUUUCCUUCUCUGCACACAGUAUCGUAUGUAUUGUUUUAGAGCUCCUU